CAGAGCACCAGUCUUCUUCUGAUGAACUCAGGCACUGUUUGAAGACACAACAGGACUGAUCUUUGAUGCAGAGAUGGUUUUCUGGAGCUGUUUAUUGCUGUUUAUUUUCUUUCUCUGGCUCAGAGUGUCACCUGCUAAUGCUGAGAACUGGAAUGCUACAGUGCCCAAAUCAGUGGUGGGUUUGUCGGGAUCAUGUGUGGAGAUUCCCUGUACGUUCGUCUACCCGACAAAGGAUCAAAUAUACACAGAAUUUACAGGGAUUUGGUUAAAAAAAAAUGAAGAAUCUACAGUAUACAAUCCAGACGCCUCAAAAAUCAUUGAUUCAUUCAAAGGUCGCACGAGUCUCAUUGGUGAUUUGCGCAAAAAUGACUGUUCUUUGAAAAUCAGCUCUUUGAGCAGCAGUGACGCUGGACAAUUCGUGUUCCGGAUUGAGAUUGAACAACUGGACAUGUACACAUAUAAAAAGGGAAACGAAAUAGUUUCUCUAAUAGUGCAAGAAACAGCAGAGAAUCCUACGGUCUUUGUGGAAGAGGAAGCGACAUCAGGGAAACCGGUGACUGCUACCUGUAACGUGUCUCAUUCCUGUCCGUCAGAACCGCCUCGUGUCACAUGGAGCCACAACGGCACACGCUCGAGUCCGUCACAGACGCAAAAUAGUACAUCUUACAGCCUGACCUUCACUCCUUCUAGAGAAGACCACAAUAAAAUUCUCACCUGCUCUGCAGAGUUUAAAGGGAAGACAGUGACAGGCUACAAAACACUCAAAGUUAAAUAUCCUCCAUAUAAUGUACACGUGGUCACUAAAUCGUCAGUGAAGGAAAAUGACUCUGUGGAACUGACCUGCUCCAGUGACAGCAAUCCUCCUGCGAACAGCUACGAGUGGUUCACCUCAAAUGGGACGAUGUUAGCAAACAGCCCAACUUACAAACUAGAGAAAGUUUCUCGACAUACUGAGGCCAUUUCCUGUACAGCCAUUAACACAUUGGGAAAAAACAGUUCUGGUCGACAGAAAAUUAACGUUCUGUAUCCUCCAUAUAAUGUAAACGUGGUCACUAAAUCGUCAGUGAAGGAGAAUGACUCUGUGGAACUGAGCUGCUCCAGCAACAGCAAUCCUCCUGCAAACAGCUACAAGUGGUUCAGUCUAAAUGGGACGAUGUUAGCAAACAGCCCAACUUACAAACUAGAGAGAGUAUCUCGACAUACUGAGGCCAUUUCCUGUACAGCCAUUAACACAGAGGGACAAACCAGUUCUAGUCUACAAAUACCGAAUAUAUUGUAUCCUCCUGAGAUUAAAAGUGAAUCUUCUUGCCAGUCUACGAUAUUGACGGUCUGUGUCUGUAUUGUGGACUCCAACCCUCUCAGUGAAGUCAAGUGGUUUGGUCCAGAUUCCUCAAAAACCUUCUCCAGCACCAGCAUUAAACAAAACGAGUCUCUUACCAUAUUCACCCUACAGGGUUGGCUGGGUUUCCCAGAGACUGUCCAGUGCUUUGCCAAUAACAGUCUGGGAAGCUCUUCCAUAACUCUGGAAGCUCCUCAAAAAGGCAUAAUGACAUACAUUGCUGUUGCUUCAGCUGUUGUAGUUGUUUUAGUUGCCAUUCUAGUGUAUGUUGUGGGAAGACGAUGUAGGAAGAGAGCUACACAACGACUUGUAAUAAAGAAUGUACAGAAUGAAAUGAAGACGACCCCAAACAAGUUUGAAUUAGAAAAGAAAGAAGACAAGAGCAGUGGUGGAGAUAAUUACACAAACCCAGACGGUCAUUUUUAUGACAACUGGAUGCAUGAUACAAGACCAAUCUUAUCUGACAGCGCCUUGGAAGACAAAGCAGUCUACAGAAACGGGUCGAACUUUGAUGCAGAGAUGUUUUUCUGGAGCUAUUUAUUGUCACUCUUUCUCUGGCUCAGAGUGUCACCUGGUAGUGCUGAUGAUUGGAGAGCUAAUGUGCCCGAAUCAGUGGUGGGUUUGUCUGGAUCAUGUGUGGAGAUUCCCUGUAAGUUCAGCUACCCAGCAAAGAAAACAUACACAGAAUUUACAGGGAUUUGGUACAAGGGAAACGGUGAAUCUACAGUAUACCAUACAGACACCUCAAAAAUCACUGACACAUUCAAAGGUCGCACUAGUCUCAUUGGUGAUUUGCGCAAAAAUGACUGUUCUUUGAAAAUCAGCUCUCUGAACCGCAAUGACGCUGGACAAUACAUGUUCCGGAUUGAGAUUAAAGAUUUGGACAAGUACACAUAUAAAAAGACAGAAGAAAUCGUUUCUAUAACAGUGAAAGAAACACCAGAGAAUCCUUCCAUCUCCGUGGAAGAGGAAGUGACAUCAGUGAAACCGGUGACUGCUACCUGUAUCGUGUCUCAUUCCUGUCCGUCAGACCCACCUCGUGUCACCUGGAACCACGACGGCACACGCUCGAAUCUGCCACAGCCGCAAAAUCACGGUCAAUGGAAGCAAACAUCUUACACCCUGAUCUUCACUCCUUCUAGAGAAGACCAUAAUAAAAUUCUCAGCUGCUCUGCAUUGUUUAAAGGGAAGACAGUGACAGGCUCCAAAACGCUCAAAGUUAAAUAUCCUCCAUAUAAUGUAAAGGUGAUCACUAAAUCCCCAGUGAAAGAGAAUGGUUCCGCUGAACUGAUUUGCUCCAGUGACAGCAACCCUCCUGCCAAUAUCUAUGAGUGGUUCAGGUCAAACGGGAUAAAGUUAGGACAAACUGCAACUUACAAACUGGAGAAAGUGUCUCGGUAUACUGAGGCUAUUUCCUGUACAGCCAUCAACACAGUGGGACAAAACAGUUCUGGUCGACAGAAAAUUAAUGUGCUGUAUCCUCCAUAUAAUGUAAACGUGGUCAGUAAAUUGCCAGUGAAGGAAAAUGACUCUGUGCAACUGAACUGCUCCAGUGACAGCAAUCCUCCUGCAAACAGCUACGAGUGGUUCAGCUUAAAUGGGACGAUGUUAGCAAACAGCCCUUUUUAUAAACUGGAGAAAGUAUCUCGGCAUACCGAGGUCAUUUCCUGUACAGCCAUUAACACAUUGGGAAAAAACAGUUCUAGUCCAUGGAAACUUAAUGUACUGUAUCCUCCCGAGAUUAAAAGUAAGUCUUCUUGCCAGUCUACGAUUUUGACGGUCUGUGUUUGUAUUGUGGACUCCAACCCUGCAAGUGAAGUCAAGUGGUUUGGUCCAGAUUCCUCGAAAACCUUCUCCAGCACCAGCAUUAAACAAAAUGAGUCUCUUACCAUAUUCACCCUACAGGGUUGGCUGGGUUUCCCAGAGACUGUCCAGUGCUUUGCCAAUAACAGUCUGGGAAGCUCUUCUAUAACUUUAAAAGCUCCUCAAAAUGGCAUAAUAUACAUUAUGGUUACUUCAGCUGUUGUGGUUGUUUUAGUUGCCAUUCUAGUGUAUGUUGUAAGAAGACGCUGUGCGAACAGAGCUGCACAACAACCUGUAAUGAAGAAUGUACAGAAUGAAAUGAAGACAAGUCCAAACAAGUCUGAUUUAGAAAACAGUAAAGAAGAUAAAGGCAGCGAUGGGGAUAUUUACACAAACUGCCAGGAAGGUCAUGUUUAUGACAACUGGGGGCGUGAUACGAGACCAUUCUCAUCUGACCAUGCAUUGGAAGAUGAAGCAGUUUAUGCUAACACGUGAAGAAAAGAACACGGGUCGUCCUACCAGAAAUGACAGAUCAAGGAGGCAAACAAAUGUUUGUUGACUUCCGUAAUUAUAUUAUGCCCUGUAAAUGUUUAGAGCCAAAAGGUCUUGCAACUGAGAAAAAAAUGUACUGUAUGUGAAUCUAAUACAAUCAAAAGCUUUUGUUAUAUAAAGAAUGCAUCUUUAAUAACAAAAUGUUCAUAUGAAUGAUACGUAUAGUGCAAUUGCGUUUAAAUGCCAUUCCAAGUCAUCAAAUUGUAUAAAUAGUAUAUACAGUACUGUAUUACAGAAAUAAAAUGUGUUGUAAAUAUAA